AUGAAAGAAGAUAAUUUUAUUGUGGACUCAAGGACGACAAAGACAUGUGUAACAGAUAAAGGAAAAGGCACUGGUUUGGGGUGCCAGAAUCGCCUAGAUGUGUACGCUCCUCGUCCUCGGACCAUUCACCCCUUCACCCAGAUCACUUAUUCUUACACUCCACAAUCCACAAAAAAUUCCCACAAUGAGACCCCAAACCUUCGAUUCCUUACCUUUGUCAUCUUCAAUUCACUUGUCCUCCGAGUUGACUCAACUCAGCCACCAUUCUCAUGCGACUCUAGUUUCAGUGGUACUAUUAAGAGUGCCACUAGUUUCCCCCAAGUUAUUCUAACUGCUGCUUCUUUUGAUGCCAACCAAUGGUAUCGCAUUGGUCAGGCGAUUGGAAAAGAGGCUAGAGCACUGUACAGUGCAGGGAAAGCUACUGGGAUGACAUUCUGGGCACCAAAUAUUAACAUAUUCAGGGAACCAAGAUGGGGGAAGAGGGCAAGAAACACCAGGAGAGGAUCCAUUGAUGAUAGGGAAAUAUGUAACGUCAUAUGUGAGAAGGCUUCGAGGGGAUCCCAGACACGUAUCAACCACCAUUCAAAAGCUGUGUUGAAAGAAGGGAGAACCAGUGGGCUGAUGUCUGGUUACAAUAGAGUUAACGGUGUCCCUAGCUCUGCGGAUUUCAAUCUCCUUUCUAAAUCUGCUAGAGCCCAAUGGGGUUUUGAUGGGUAUAUCACAUCAGACUAUGAUGCGGUUUCCAUCAUCAAUGAUGCUCAAGGAUAUGCCAAAUCACGAGAAGAUGCUGUAUUUGAUAACAGGAAGCCAUUGUUUCUGCGUUUAGCUAAUGGUGAACUGCUUGUUGCAAUGCAGCCCGGGCGCACAUACAGAUUCUACAAAGGCCAAACCGUUUUUGAGUUUGGUUAUGGCCUCAGCUACUCAAAAUAUUCUUAUGAACUUACAGCUGUCUCUCAAAACAAAUUCUACUUGAAUCGGUCUUCAACAAUGCAUGAAAUCAACAACUUUGGCUCGGUUCGUUUCACAUUGCUUUCUGAGUUGGGAAUAGAAUUCUGUGAGCAGAACAAAUUCCCUGUUAGAAUUGGAAUAAAGAACCACGGAGAGAUAGCAGGCAAGCAUCCAGUUUUACUAUUUGCGAGGCAGACAAAACAUGGAAAUGGUAGGCCAAGGAAACAGUUGAUUGGAUUCCAGAGUGUGAUACUAAGUGCAGGGGAAAGAGCAGAAAUUGACUUUGAAGUGAGCCCUUGUGAACACCGUAGUAGAGCUAGUGAAGAUGAUUUGAUGGUGAUGGAAGAAGGAACACAUUUCUUAGUUGUAGAAGGUCAAGAUUACCCAAUUUCCGUUGUAGUUUGA